AUGGCUCCCAACACCAAGAAGGGAGGAAACGCAGCAUUCCACGAUUUCGUGGAGGAUUUUGCCCAUAUCGAUGACCCUCUAGAGCGUCGCAGACUGGCCCUAGCCAAGAUUGACGAAGCCAAAUUUUCCUGGUACCAUGUUCGUGCCAUUAUGGUUGGAGGAGUCGGGUUUUUGACGGAUUCUUACGACAUUUUCGCUAUCAACCUUGCGGUCACUAUGCUUGCAUAUGUAUUCUGGGGAUCCAAAUACGGCGGUACUGGAGUUAUUCCGGAUUCGACGGCUACCCUGCUUAAGGUGGCCACAUCGGUUGGAACAGUGAUUGGUCAACUGUGUUUUGGAAAGAUUGCAGACACCAUCGGUCGUCAGAAGAUCUAUGGUGCCGAGCUUUCGAUCAUGAUUGUUGCCACCAUUUUCCAGGUGUGUAUUGGUGAGUCCCCUGCCAUCAAUUUCGUUGCAAUGUACACAUUCUGGAGAAUUAUCAUGGGUAUUGGUAUUGGUGCAGACUACCCUUUGUCGUCUAUCAUCACCUCGGAGUUUGCUACCACCAGAAACAGAGGUGCCAUCAUGGGUGCUGUGUUCGCCAACCAGGGAUGGGGCCAGCUUUUGGCUGGUAUUGUCUCCAUUGUAUGUGUGAGAGCUUGGAAAUCCGAUCUUGAAGGUGCGGCUAAUGCCACUGAAUGUGUCGGUGACUGUGUCAAGGCCAUUGACCAGAUGUGGAGAGUACUGGUUGGUCUUGGAGCUGUUCCUGGUUGUUUUGCUCUCUACUUCAGACUCACCAUUCCCGAAUCUCCUAGAUACAACCUGAGUCCUGAGGAAGUUGAACUUCAGGAGGAUAACAAAGACAUUUCUGCUUCUGGCGAGAUUGAGGUGGUAAAUGCCAAAAACACCAAAAACAAAGCACUUACUGAAGAAGACAGUUUCAGUGCAAAGAAUGUGGAGGUGGAGGCUCCAACCGGCCCUGCUACUAUCCGUGACUUCUACGAUCAUUUCAAGCAAUGGAAGCACGGAAAGAUUUUACUCGGAACUGCUGGAUCCUGGUUUAUGCUGGAUAUUGCUUUCUACGGUCUUAACCUGAACUCUGCUGUGAUCCUCGAGGCUAUUGGAUUUGCUUCCAAGAAGAACGUGUAUGACCAUCUCUACAACGUGUGCUGCGGUAAUUUGAUUCUCAUCUGUGCUGGUUCAUUGCCAGGUUACUGGUUCUCGGUUGCUUUGGUCGACCGCAUUGGACGUAAGCCUAUUCAAAUUGGUGGAUUUAUCAUUCUCACAGGUCUUUUCUGUGCCAUUGGUUUUGCCUACGACAAACUUGGCAAGCAUGGACUUCUCGCACUUUAUGUUCUGGCCCAGUUCUUCCAGAACUUUGGUCCCAAUGCUACCACUUACAUUGUUCCUGCCGAAUGUUUCCCAACACGUUUCAGAUCAACGGCCCACGGAAUUUCUGCUGCUUCUGGAAAGGUGGGUGCCAUUGUGGCUCAGACUGCUCUGGGAACUCUCAUCAACCAUGGCUGUGCUGCUGACAACCAGAACUGCUGGCUUCCCCAUGUGAUGGAGAUCUUUGCUCUCUUCAUGCUUCUGGGUAUCUUCACUUCGCUGUUGAUUCCGGAGACAAAGAGACAGACGCUUGAGGAUCUUGCAGAGAGGCUUCACGGUGAGUUGUCGCCUGAGACCUUGGCCCGAAUCAAGGCUGAAAGAAACGGGUCUUCGUCUGGUGCACUCGAGGUUUGA